CUGCUUUCUCCAAGAUGUUUUGUACAAUUUUCAAUUUCCAAUCAAAAGAAAACCACAGUUUAACUUUUUUUUUUAACAUUAUUUGAGGUCAAAUGAUGGCCCACAGUCUCUUUUCUCUAAAGUCAGGCCCGGAUUUUCGUGCCAGCACACUUCCUGCUUGAGGAAGACGGGUGCCCGCUUAAUCAAGCGGAGGUAAACAUGCCCCCUGAGGAAAAAGGAGGGAACAUUCCUGAGAUAGAGCAGGGAGCAUGUGUCAGUGUUGGGCUGACAUGAAAACUAGGUUACGCUUGUGCAGUGGAUCCAAGAGUAGAGGCAAAUGCAACAAAGCCGAGUGGGGGGGUGGGGGACCCCUAAACUCAAACAGGUGAUGGAACAGAAGCUGAAGAAGAAAAGGUGGGUCAUGUUUGGUCACACACGGGUAGCGUGUACAGCGACGCGGUGGCCGUGAUAGUAGGUGCAGGUGCACGGCGCGGAGAAAUGCUGAACAAGUAAAGAGGAGAGGGGAUCCUCGGGUGGAGUGCUGCAGUGAGGACACUGCAGUGGAUGCUAGCACAGAUGUGACACAGGAGAGGAUGGGCUCAGUGUCUCGUUGCCUGAGGAGAUGUCUCUGGGUCGGCUCCUACGGCGCGCCUCCUCCAAGGCCUCCGACCUCCUGACCUUCAACCCCGGGGCGGGGGGCUCAUCGCUACGCUCGGGUCUGGACGGCGAGAUCAUCUUCUCCAAAAAUAAUGUCUGCGUGCACCCCGCGGAGCCCCUGCCCGGCCUCGCUGAGCAUCACCCAGGCUACCUGUGUGUGCACGUGGAGAAGGACGAGAGCCUGGGCACCACUCUGAUCCUGACCUGGGUGCCCAACUCCCGCAUCCAGAAGCAGGAUGAGGAGGCCAUGCGAUACAUCACUCCAGAGAGCUCUCCCGUGCGCAGGAAUGCCCGCCGCCGAAACCGACGGCCACACUCCCGUCCCCCAGCUGCCCAGGAGGAGGAAGAGGAUGAGGAGAGGAACAUCAACUGCAGCAGCUCCACGGAGAGCCAGAGCGUGGUGCUAGAAGCCCCGGCGGAUCCCUCGUCGCACCCUCAGCAGCUUCCCUCCACUGGGGAGGAGGGCGACGAGGGCUCCUGCGAGCUGUCGGACGAGGUGAGCCGGGACAGCACCAUGGGCUCGGACUCGGACACCUUCUCCUCCCCGUUCUGCCUGUCCCCCGUCAGCGAGGCCCUGUGUGAGAGCAGCGGCUCCGUCUUCCUGGACAGCGAAAGCAGAGAGUUUUGUGAGGAGUCCAUGAACCACUCGGUCAGCUCGGCAUCAAGUCUGGACAGCCACGCCCCCUCUGAGAGCAGCGGCCAGUCUCAGGGAACGCGGUGGGAAGAGCAGCAGAAGCUGCUGGCUCUGGAGCAGUUGUGCGGAGUUUUCAGGGUGGACUUGGGUCACAUGAGGUCGCUGAGACUCUUCUUCAGUGAUGAGGCAUGCACCAGUGGCCAGCUGGUGAUAGCUAGCAGAGAGAGUCAGUAUAAGAUCCUCCACUUCCAUCACGCUGGCCUGGACAAGCUGGCUGAGGUCUUCCAACAGUGGAAGUGCUGCAGAGAAACUCAGCUGAAAGACCAGGUGUCAGAUGAGAAGUCUUGCAUGCAGUUCUCCAUCCAGAGGUCGACCCUGCCAUCAGCCGAGACCCAUCCAGAGGAGAAGCUGUAUCGACGGCUGGAUGUCACCACCUGGCUGCGCCACCUCAAUCACAGCGGGCAGGUGGAGGAAGAGUAUAAGCUGCGGAAGGCCAUCUUUUUCGGCGGUAUUGACCCAUCCAUCCGGGGUGAGGUGUGGCCUUUCCUGCUGCACUACUACAGCUACGACUCCACCUCUCAAGAGAGGGAGGCCUGGAGGCUGGAGAAGCGCACUCACUACUACGAGAUCCAGCAACGGAGAUUGUCCAUGAGUCCUGAGGAGCACAGCGAGUUCUGGAGGAAGGUCCAGUUCACGGUGGAUAAAGACGUGGUCAGAACUGAUCGCAGUAACCACUUCUUUAGAGGAGAGAACAAUCCCAACGUGGAGAUUAUGAGGCGAAUUCUGCUCAACUAUGCAGUGUUUAAUCCUGACAUGGGUUACUGCCAGGGCAUGUCCGACCUGGUGGCCCCACUGCUCACCGAGAUCCAGGAUGAAAGUGACACCUUUUGGUGCUUUGUUGGACUAAUGGAGAACACCAUCUUCAUCAGCUCCCCGCGGGAUGAAGACAUGGAGCGGCAGCUGAUGUACCUGCGGGAGCUCCUGCGUCUCAUGCUACCGCGCUUCCACCAGCACCUGACCAGACUCGGGGAGGACGGCCUCCAGCUGCUCUUCUGCCAUCGAUGGAUUCUGCUUUGCUUUAAAAGAGAGUUCCCCGACACCGAGGCUCUGCGCAUGUGGGAGGCCUGCUGGGCACACUAUCAGACUGAUUACUUCCACUUGUUCCUGUGCGUGGCCAUCAUUGUUCUCUACGGCGAGGACGUGACGGAGCAGCAGCUCGCCACAGACCAAAUGUUGCUCCACUUCAGCAAUCUGUCCAUGCACAUGAACGGAGAACUGGUGCUACGAAAGGCCCGCAGUCUUCUCUACCAGUUCCGCCUCCUCCCCAGGAUCCCGUGCAGCCUCCACGACCUCUGUAAACUGUGCGGCCCGGGGAUGUGGGACAGCCGCUACAUUCCCACUGUGGAGUGCUCAGGCGAACACCCGGACUGUCAGAGCUGCCCCUAUGGAGGCACGUCCACCCCAGAGCCCUCCACCCCCUCCCCUUCGUCCUCUCCAAACGUCACCCCCACACCUCCACUGGUCGGCAAGAGAGGCUGCAAAAAGCGUGACAUCUUCACCUUCCGGAAACAGUCUUGAGGUGGAUGUAAUGAAGAGAUUUCACUCAUUUCGGUUCACAUUAGCGCUGCAAAUGUUUGGAUCCAUCGGUUGGAUUUCUAAACCGUUUGCCGUCCCUGAAAUCCUGAUUCCACUCUCCUUCUUUUCUAGUUUUAAUGAGGAUUUUUGUCACCUUAUCUUAUCAUGUGGUGCGAUGUUGAGCACUGCCUUACCAGAAUGUUGUUUCCAGCGUUCGGUGUCGCAUGAAACUGCGAUGAGGAUGGUUCGCUGUUGGACAGAUCAGAUGUCGAGGGGCUGCCUUCCUCUCCGAGCAGAACGGGCGAUCACCGAGCGCCGUGUCGGUCUGGGGUUCUUCAGGUUCUUCAGGUUCAACGCCGGUGCUACUGCUGCUGCUGGCUUGGCAUUCUUCCAUGAGCUCUGUGGGCAGAGGGUCACAUCAGGGUCCGAGUCAACUGAGGUGAAUUCCUGCAGACUCUGAUGCAGGGUCCAAAAAAUAGAGAAAAAAAGACCCAAAGAAACUGGAGAUUCCUUCACAGUACUUGACCUUGAACUUUUAGAAAUGAUCCUGUGUUCUCACAAAGGAGCAUUUGUGUGAAUAUCAAGUUAUAUGCGCAUAUCUCAAGUCUGAGCAGAAACUUUUUGACAAGAAAAACCCAAAACAUACCUAACCUCAAGAGUUAGAAUGAACUCGUUUUCUGUCUUGUUUUUAUUUCAUUUUUCAAGGAGCGAAUGUUUGCGUUUAUAUCUGCAGUUACAAAUAUUUAGCAAUACAAUAUUCUUGCAUGAGCAGUUCUUUCCAUAUAGAGGGCACAACGUAUUCGUUGCUGGAGAAUAUUUCAGUCCGAAACCGAAGUGUUAAUGUGAUAAAUACAACAUAACAGGGCUCCUCAUAACUCUUGAUUGUAUGAUGUAAACAAACAUCUUCCUAAUUCUCAUUUAAAUUGUCCUUCCCUGAAGAAAGGAGGAGAGAACUGUUUAGAUCAAACACACAUAAUUAUGUUGGGAAAAGGAGUUUCUUUAUAGUUUUUUUUUUGCAGGGGGGGUUUCACAUUUUACCAAUGUAAAAUAUCACAUCUCUGAGGUAUCACAUGAAAAGGCGUGUCGCCAAAGACGGCUUGGCUUGUGUCCUUCUCUGUGUAAAAUCACAUUUCUGGGCAAUUAUCAGCACAUUGUUGCUGUAAAUUUUCCUUCCAGGACUCUUUAUCUUUACACUUUCACUUUCAAUGAAUGACACGCUCGAAACAAAGAAUCAGUCCACAUGAAUGUAUGUUUUUUUUAUUUUUAUUUAUUUUUUUUUCAAUUUUGUUUUUUUAAAAACUUCUCAAUGGCAUCGCUACAAUGAAACUCAGAUAUUUCUGUGGGUGUUCAGACAGAAUUUAUGUCUAAACAUCUGGUGAGUCUUUGAAGGCCUCAUGGCCAUUCAUCUUGAAGAGAAUCUGCAACGAAAGUAGAAAAUCCUUUCAGGCUUCAUAAGGGGAUAAACGGUAUCAGGAUGUUACCUCGAGUCUGCUCAGACUCCCCCUGAGACGUUUUGAGUGACACCCCCAGGUUAAUAACAUCUGCAAAAGGCUGCUAAAAUGUAAUGCUGAUUCCUUCAGUCGGCCUUCCACCAAUCUUCGUACGAGAUAUCUAAAACCACUCUCCCCUAUCAGUUUUCAUGAAGUGCUUCAGAUGGAGUCUGUGUUGAAAUGAGCACGACGGGGAACUAUCCUGCGUGUGUGGGUGUGGGUUUGUUCAAUCUCAUGGAUUUAAUGACAUUAAAAUCACAUCGUUUACACAGACACUACAAGCCACACCCUUUUUAAAGGGGCUGUUGUGAAUUGUGGUCACGAAUGUACAAUGUUGCUGUUGAGCUCUACGACAUGUUCAUGUAUUACUGUGCACAUCACAGAAAAGAACUUAUUCUUAUGACUGAUAUUAAUAAAAACUACAGUAUGA